AUGAUACACCCGUCGCGACAGGCAUACGUGGAGGAAGCGGAGCAAAGCACGGGCAUUGCUCUCGAAGACGUCCCGGAAGACCAUGACUACGAAAUGACCAUGGGCGAUGGCGCCCCGCCAGAGAAAGCAUCCGCAAUCCUGAACCAGUUCAAUAGAAAACGUCUCGCUGCCACAAUUGCUGUCCCCACUGACGAUGGGCGAGUUCGCGCGAAGCUUCGAGAAAUGGGUGAACCCAUCACCCUAUUCGGCGAAGGACCAGCUGAUCGUCGAGACCGACUACGAGAGCUAUUGACGAUUCAGGCGGAAAUGGCUGGACUCGAGAGCGGCGAUAUAACCAUGGAAGAUGCAGCUGAAGACGCGGAAGAGGAGGAACAAGAGGAGGAGUUUUAUUCAAGAGGAGGGCCCGAACUGCUACAGGCACGUAUCAACAUAGCCGAAUUUUCAUUGCCACGAGCAAAACGAAGGACGGCGUUCCAAAAAGCCGAAUCUACAAUACCCUUGCGGACACAUGUCAAGUUUCGGAAGCACAUCAAGGAUAGAUUACAGACAUUUGAACUGCAAGGAAGUCAGACCGUCGGCGAGAGGCAUAUAAGCAUGACUAGAUUCUCACCGAAUGGGGAGCUGAUUGCUGUUGGUAACUGGGGCGGUCAGGUGAAGCUGGUCGAAACACAAAAUCUGACGGAGAAGAUGAACUUCCGCGGACAUACCAACAAAAUCAGCGGCCUCUCUUGGUUUCCGGGGGCUACCUUGCCUGAGAGCGGAGUCUCCCCAGACUCGGUCAAUCUUGCCUCUGGUGGUGCCGAGGGGUUGGUCCAUGUUUGGUCAUUAAACCAAGAUACCCCUCUAUCAACUUUCAAGGGACACUCGCAGCGAGUUUGCCGGGUGGAAUUCCACCCAUCUGGCCGUUACAUAGCGUCCGCUUCAGAGGAUACCUCAUGGCGACUUUGGGACGUCGAGACAAGUGCAGAGCUUCUGUUGCAAGAGGGUCAUUCUCGUGGUGUCUAUGCUGUCAGCUUCAACACAGAUGGCUCCCUGCUCGCUAGCGCUGGCCUGGAUAGCAUUGGCAGAAUAUGGGAUCUACGAUCGGGACGGACCGUGAUGAUUCUGGAUGGACAUCUGGAUGGACACAUCAAACCGAUACACGCUCUGGACUGGAGUUCUGAUGGUCACCGAAUUCUGUCCGGCUCUGCUGAUGGAUGGAUCAAGUGCUGGGAUGUCCGCAAAGUGCAGAGAACUGGGGGAGUUGGCGCCCAUAACAGCGCUGUCUCCGACAUGCGAUGGUACAAAGGCUUAGAUGACCCUCUUCUUGGAACUCCACCGGGUCAAGACGAGAAGGGUGCACAGCUGCCUAAGAAGGCCGGCACCUUUUUCAUCUCGAGUGGUUUUGAUCGGAAUAUCAAGAUUUUCUCGGCAGACGAUUGGACCCUGGUGCAAACGCUGAGCGGACACACUGCUCCGGUUGCCAGUGUGGACUACAGCAACGAUGGGCGAUGGAUUGUGAGUGGAGGACACGACCGCACAGUGAAGCUAUGGGGAAGAAAUGAUGGCGAGGCGAUUUAG